GUGUGUGCGAGAGGGUACCUCACCCUGCCUUCUAUACUCUCUCACUCUCUCUGCAACGCGAGUCGGCAACGGCUAUCUUUCCUUCUGGGCGAUGAAGCUCUGGUCCAGCGCAACAAUGGAGGCCCUCCCAGGGUUUCGAGUUUCGCUGUGUGUGCUCCAGGUACUUUUUAUUGUGUGUGUAUCCAGUGCAGAAAGAUAUGAUAAUGGGUUACUUUUGACAUCCCAGUCAACAUCGGGGAAAAUUCAUGCUGAAGGAUACUGUUCAAUGUAUGAUAUUUGUGGAGCACGUAGUGAUGGGAAAAUGCUGAAUUGCCCCUAUGGUUCCCCAUCCAUUAAGCCAGAUGAGCUGUUGUCAUCUAAGAUCCAAAGUUUGUGCCCAACAAUCACUGGCAAUAUCUGUUGUACAGAUACUCAAUUUGAAACAUUGAGGUCUCAAGUCCAGCAGGCAAUUCCUUUUCUUGUAGGUUGUCCAGCAUGCUUGAGAAAUUUUUUGAAUAUUUUUUGUGAACUUACUUGUUCUCCCAAUCAGAGCCUGUUCAUCAAUGUGACUUCUGUGGCCAAGGUUGAUGGCAAUAUGACCGUGGAUGGGAUUCAGUAUUAUAUAACUGACAUUUUUGGUGAAGGAUUAUAUGAAUCAUGCAAGGACGUAAAAUUUGGUACCAUGAAUACCCGAGCAUUAGAAUUUAUUGGUUCUGGUGCUAAAAAUUUUAAAGAGUGGUUUGCCUUUAUCGGCAGACGAGCUGGCCUUAGUAUGCUGGGUUCACCAUAUGCAAUUGAUUUUCAGCCAGCUGCUCCUGAGUCAUCUGGAAUGAUACCUAUGAAUGUCACUACUUAUUCAUGCAGUGACACUUCUCUUGGCUGUUCCUGUGGUGACUGCCCUUCAUCUUCCGUUUGCUCUAGUUCAGCUCCUCCUUCCCCUGGCAAAAAGGCUUCCUGCUCAGUGAGAAUUGGGUCUAUUCAGGCAAAAUGUGUUGACUUUUCUGCAGCAAUUGUGUACAUCGUAUUAAUUAUGAUGUUUCUAGGAUGGAGUUUCUUUUAUAGAAAAGGGGAGAGCAGUCCAGCUAAUUGGACUAAACGUUUCUUGAACGUCACUAAUGGUUGUGAAAUGCACUCAUUCAGUCAGCAAAAAGAUGAGACUCUGCAGAUGGCUGAGGACAUUCCUCAAACUACAAAAGGUGUUCAACUUUCAGUUGUGCAGGGAUACAUGUCCAAAUUCUACAGGAGAUAUGGAACAAUGGUUGCUAGGAAUCCAGUCCUGGUGUUAUGCUUGACAUUAGCUGUUAUUCUCAUGCUUUGUUUAGGAUUAAUCCGUUUUAAAGUGGAGACACAACCUGAGAAGCUAUGGGUAGGACCUGGGAGUAAAGCUGCGGAAGAGAAAAUGUUUUUUGACAGCCAUCUGGCCCCUUUUUACAGAAUUGAGCAGCUUAUAGUAGCAACAGUUUUGGAUGCAAAUGGCAAGUCCCCAAGCAUUUUGACUGAAGACAAUAUAAAAUUACUUUUUGAAAUACAAAAUAAGGUGGAUGGAAUUCGAGCAAAUUAUUCAGGUUCAUUGAUAUCUCUAGCUGAUAUUUGUAUGAAGCCACUUGGCCAAGAUUGUGCCACUCAAACUGUUCUACAGUACUUCAAAAUGGAUCCCAAAAAUUAUGACAGCUAUGGGGGCGUUGAACAUGUUGAGUAUUGUUUUCAGCAUUAUACUUCAGCAGACUCAUGCCUAAGUGCAUUUAAAGCCCCUCUUGAUCCAAGCACUGCAUUAGGAGGUUUCUCAGGGAAUAACUAUUCUGAGGCUUCUGCAUUUAUUAUAACAUAUCCUGUAAACAAUGCUGUUGAUAGAGAAGACAACAAGACUAAGAGAGCAGUAGCUUGGGAGAAGGCCUUCAUUACAUUGGCAAAGGAUGAACUCUUGCCAAUGGUGCAAUCCAAAAACUUAACACUCUCGUUUUCAUCAGAAAGUUCUAUUGAGGAGGAAUUAAAAAGAGAAAGUACUGCAGAUGCUAUAACUAUCUCGAUUAGCUACCUUGUGAUGUUUGCUUACAUAUCUUUGGCUUUGGGAGAUUCACCUCGUUUCAUCUCAUUUUAUAGAUCGUCCAAGGUCUUACUUGGUCUAUCGGGAGUUAUUCUUGUUAUGCUCUCUGUUCUUGGAUCAGUUGGGUUUUUCAGUGCUGUUGGAGUGAAAUCUACACUCAUCAUUAUGGAAGUCAUUCCUUUUCUGGUGUUAGCUGUUGGGGUAGAUAACAUGUGCAUUCUGGUACAUGCUGUUAAGCGUCAGCCAUUGUCAUUGCCUUUAGAAGGCCGAAUAAGCAAUGCGCUUGUGGAAGUUGGACCAUCUAUAACAUUAGCUAGUCUCUCUGAGGUUUUAGCAUUUGCAGUUGGAAGUUUUAUUCCUGUGCCAGCAUGCCGUGUGUUUUCUAUGUUUGCAGCAUUAGCAGUACUCUUGGAUUUCCUUCUGCAAAUUACUGCUUUUGUUGCCCUGAUUGUUUUUGAUUUCAUGAGAGCUGAGGAUAACAGGGUAGAUUGCUUUCCUUGUCUUAAAAUUUCUGGAUCACAUAUUGAUGCUAAUGAAGGCAUUGGCCACACAAAACCUGGAUUACUGGCCCGAUAUAUGAAGGAGGUUCAUGCACCCAUUCUGGGUCUUUGGUGGGUCAAAAUAGUUGUUAUUUCUGUCUUUGCUGCUUUCGCAUUGGCUAGCAUUGCGUUAUGCACAAGGAUUGAACCUGGUUUGGAACAACAGAUUGUUCUUCCCCAUGACUCUUAUCUUCAGGGUUAUUUCAAUAAUGCUUCAGAAUAUCUCAGAAUUGGACCGCCACUAUAUUUUGUUGUGAAAAACUAUAAUUAUAGUUCAGAAUCGAGACAAACUAACCAGUUGUGCUCCAUUAGCCAAUGUGAUUCAGACUCUCUUUUAAAUGAGAUUGCAAGAGCAUCUUUAUUACCCGAGUCAAGUUACAUUGCUAAACCUGCUGCAUCAUGGCUUGAUGAUUUUCUUGUAUGGAUGUCUCCAGAAGCUUUUGGUUGCUGUAGGAAGUUCACAAACGGAAGUUAUUGUCCCCCAGACGACCAGCCUCCUUGUUGUUCAUCUGAUGAUGGUUCUUGUGGACUUGGUGGAAUAUGCAAAGACUGUACCACGUGUUUCCGUCAUUCAGAUUUACAAAAUGAUCGGCCAUCUACAUCACAAUUUAGGGAGAAACUUCCAUGGUUUCUAGCCUCUUUGCCUUCUAAUGAUUGUGCAAAAGGUGGUCAUGGAGCCUACACAAACAGUGUGCAAGUUGAUGGAUAUGAAGAUGGUGUUAUCAAAGCAUCAGCUUUCCGAACAUAUCACACACCUCUCAACAAACAAGUUGACUAUGUCAAUUCAUUGAGGGCAGCACGAGAAUUCAGUUCCAGGGUUUCUGAUUCUCUGAAGAUGGAGAUAUUUCCAUAUUCAGUUUUCUAUAUGUUUUUUGAGCAAUACCUUAACAUAUGGAGGACAGCGUUGAUCAACCUUGCUAUAGCUAUUGGUGCAGUAUUUGUUGUUUGCUUAAUUAUAACAUGGAGUUUUUGGAGUUCAGCAAUCAUUUUACUCGUCUUGGCAAUGAUUGUUUUGGAUCUAAUGGGUAUAAUGGCACUUCUAAACAUUCAACUGAAUGCAGUGUCUGUUGUUAACCUUGUAAUGUCAGUGGGCAUUGCUGUUGAGUUCUGUGUGCACAUUACUCAUGCUUUCACAAUAAGCAGUGGAGACAGAAACCAACGGAUGGAGGAGUCUUUGUCUACAAUGGGCGCUUCUGUCUUCAGUGGGAUUACGCUGACAAAGCUAGUUGGGGUGCUUGUGCUUUGCUUCUCAAGGACUGAAGUUUUUGUGGUUUAUUAUUUCCAAAUGUACCUGGCCUUGGUUCUUCUUGGUUUCUUGCACGGCCUUGUAUUUUUACCUGUAUUAUUAAGCAUCUUUGGUCCACCUUCAAGGGUUUAGUCAUGGAGCAAGAUCAACUGCCUCCUGUUAAAAUCCCAACUGUAAGCUAGCUGACAGUGGAUUGACUAUAGGAGCUCCAUUAAUGGGGUUAAAAUUUUGCUGUUCCUUUGGUAGUAUUGCAUGUAAAAAAAUCAGUGGGAGAACAGGUUCCUGUAUUUAUUAUCCUAGAUCCAUUGUAAAAAUCCAUCUUUUUUCUUUCUGAAAGAAAAGAAAAAAGUUAAUUGUA